AUGGACAACGUUUGUCAUGGCUGGGAAGAUACUGCGGGAGAGUUGAACGUGCGGGUCUCGGCCUUACCUCUGGAUGGGGACUCGUUGAAAGAGCAGUUGAUGCGAGAUGAAGAAGACGACAAGGUUGUUGACACCAAAGUGGCGGAGCUCUCCUCUUUGCUCGAGACGGAGGUUGUUGCGAAGGUGGCAGGGAGAAGGAAGAUGUCAUCGUAUGACAAUGUUGUUGGUGGGAAAUUGAAGCUUAAGGGGAAAGCGCUGGAUGUGGCAGGUGGAGUGAAGAAGAAGAAAAAGAAGAACAAGAGAAAUCAAGAUCAACUUCUGCAAGUUGCCGAAGAUGAAAUUUCAGCAGGUGGAAGCGCAGAACAAGCUAAAGAUUCUAAUGAUGAGGACAUAAAUGGGGUGAGCGAAUUGAGCAGUGGGAAAGGGAAGGGUGCCCAUUAUGAUGAUCAUCUGACGCCGGCAGAGAGGCGAUACAUAGAGCAGAGGGAGCAACUUGAUGUUCACAGAUUGGCCAAGAUUUCUAAUAAAUCUCACCGUGAUAGGAUUCAGGAUUUCAAUCAGUAUCUUGCAAACAUGAGCGAGCAUUAUGAUAUUCCUAAAGUUGGUCCUGGAUGA